AUGGAACGGAAAUUUGAAGAAUAUCAAGAAUUAUCAAAAAAAAAUGAUAGUCGUGUAUAUGUUUCAAUUGCUAGUUGUAUUCAUGAUGUUAGUAAUUUUAUUGAUUCACAUUCGAAUGGACAAGCUAUUAUUAAAGUUUAUGUUGACAAGGAUGCUAUCGUGGCAUUUUAUGGCAGUGUACAUCAUCAUGGUACGUCAGGACAUAAUAUACUUGCUAUGAUGCGAGUUGCUGUUGGUAAAUAUAGUGGUGAGGUAGAAUAUAUUAGGAAAAGAUUAGGACACGUACAAACGCCGACUUCUAUUUUUGUCUAA